UAAUACUGAAGGGUGAACAAGGCAUGCUGCCCUCUGCCUAUCCAAAACCAAAAUCCUCCCUCCUCACUCCUCCCCUUUCAUUGCCUGCUGUUUCCCUAUAUAAACCAAGUCAUCGAUCUUAUCCUUUCACAGCCCUGUCACAACGAAAUAUAAAAACAUACUUAUUCCUCACUUUCUUCCAAAUCCCCUUCCCCUGUACAGCAAAUCUUGAUUACAGUAACCAAAAAAAAAAAAAAACAAAAAGAAGAAAAAAACUAUUGCUUCAUAUAUUCAUAUAUGGCUGAUAAUAACCUUGGAAUUGUUGUCGAAAGGAACCCUUCAGAGUCAAAACUCUUAGAGCUUAACAUCAAGUGUUGGCCCAAAUGGGGUUGCUCUCCUGGGAAGUACCAGCUGAAGUUUGAUGCCGAGGAAACAUGUUAUUUGCUGAAAGGGAAAGUGAGGGCAUACCCAAAAGGUUCAUCAUCAUCAGAGUUUGUAGAGUUUGGUGCAGGAGAUCUUGUCAUCAUCCCAAAGGGUAUCAGUUGCACUUGGGAUGUUUCUGUUGCUGUUGAUAAACACUACAAAUUCGAGUCUUCUUCACCUUCUCCACCACCACCACCACCACCACCACCACCACCACCAUCAUCAUCUUCUUCUGCUUCUUCUUCUUCUUGUCAGUAGUAUCAAUCAUUGUUAUUCCAUAUCUUCACUAAUUUCUUAUUUCCACUAAUUCUUUUAAAAUUAUUAUUCAUUUAUAUCAAUUACUACUAGUAGAAAUUAAUUCCUCUCUUC